CACACACACGCACACAUUUCUUUCGCUGAAGAACGGCAGCAACACGCGCAGCCCGACUAGCUCUGCUGCUCCUUGAUCAACGGCUUCGGUCCCAGCCCUGAACCUGCUCGAGAUACACCACAAGUCAUGAUGGAAUUGAGCGAUGUUUUGCGCCAGCUCGUCGAGCGCGCUGAUGGCUGUGCCUCGAUCGUUGUGUCGGAUCGUGACGGAGUGAGCAUUGUCCAGGCUUCCUCGGACAAGAUCCGCUUGCCAUCGGGCACUCCCUCGUACUUUGCAGUGGCUGCCCAGGCAGCAGAACACCUGAGCAAGAUGGGACACGGUGGCGUCUCCACCAUUGCGGUGCGCUAUGAUAAGUGCCAGGUCGUGCACUUUGCCCUCGGUGCCAUCGUUGUCUCGGCCAUUGCUUUGCCCGAUGCUAACACGGUGACCGGGCGUUGCCAGCCCUGCAUUACCGUGUCGCACAACUCCUCGACUGAAAUCGACAACUCCGGCAAUCGCGGACGCGUUCAGCUGCGCGAACCGGCAACAAUGGCAGCACUCUCGGCUCGUUCCCAGAAAAACGUGGCCACCCUACUCGAUGCCUACGAGACGGUGGCUACUGAGCAGCUACAGGUGUUUGAGGAUAACAUCGCGCAACACUUCACCUGGCUUGAUGAGCUCGUCCCCUCAGUUCGCGAUGCCUGGACCAGCGAUCUGAAAGACGGUUCUUCGCAGAAGGUGGUGCUGUUGCCCAAAACCCCAUCGCACAACAAGCGCGUGCCCCGCCGACACCUUGCUGACAAGAAUGCCGAUGCUUCCCCGGCUGAGGUCAAGGGCAAGAAGGCUGGUGACAACAGCAAGAAACAGGCCGAACCUGCCCCCCGUGCCGCUAGCAUGUCACCUGUGCGAGAGGAAGCAUCCAUGCCAGCGCUCGAGUCGAUUGCCGAAGAUGUCGAGGGUGACGGCUCUGAUACUGCUCCGGCACUUGACCACUCCGAAGCUGACUCUAUGAUGGACCAAAGCCCUGAGGCGACCGAUGGCGAAACUGUCGACGACGCUGUAGAGGCCCCCGUUCCUGAUGAAGCCGCGAGCCAAGCCAAGUCGCCAUCCAAUGGCGCCGCAUCCCCCUCCGACUCCAAGUCGCCCGCAUCUCCAGCUCCAACUUCAGCCCUUGACACGACUUAUGUGUCCCCAGCCCCCAACCAGCCCUUGGAAACACCAUCAACAGUUGUGAAAAACGGGCAAUUCACCCCUCGCAUGCGUCCUGAUCGCCCAAACACCACCCAUGCUCUUGCCACGCCCUCUCGACGCGUGCGUGAGAUGGUGGCCCGUCUGCAAAGCUCCGCCUCCAAACGCAACAGUGCUAAGCGGGCCUCCAUGGUCUGUACCCGCAUCUCAACUUCUCCCGAUCCGCCGGUUACUUUUGUUUCUUCACAUGACGCGUGGCUCGAGUCUUACAUGAAUGUGCUUGGCUUGCAGAAGCGUGACUUGGCCACCAAGGCAAGCUUUGACAACAACGACGAUGCAGACGUGGCUCUUCCCACCCCAGCCAAGGCCGUGAUGAGUGCCAUGGACGAGGAGGCAGACACCAACCCAGAGCUGCCACGCCCUGCCCGCUCUGCCUCCUCAACCAGCACAGACACUACGACAGCAGAUGACGGCGCCAAAAAGGCCAAGCGUGGCGGCAACAUCGCACGCUCAGCCACCACUUUCCUGCGCAAGCCCAGCGCUGAGGUGCCUGCGGCCAAACCCAAACCCGAGGUCAAGGCACUGCAGCAUGCUCGCAUGCAGCGUGAGAAGGAGCUGGAAAAGGAACGCGAACGCGAACGACGCCGACAAGCUCAGACUGAACGUCACGAGCAGGCUCGUCAACGCCGUGAACAAUUGCGACGUGAGGAGGAGCAGCGUCGUCGCCAGCAAGAGGCUGAGCGCGCUCGCCAAGCAGAAGAAGCUCGCCUGGCCAAGGAGGCUGAGCUCAAGACCCAGCGUGAAGCCAAGGAGCGUGAGCUGGCUGAACGCCGUCGGCAGGAGGCGGCCUUGGCUGAGGCUCGCCGAUUACAAGAGGAAAAGGAUGCGGCGGCUGCCGCAGCUGCCCUUGCGGCAGCUGAAGCUGCUGUUGCGGCAGAGCGCGAGGCUCAAGAGCAAGAAGCCGCCUUGGAACGUGAGCGAGAGCAAGCUGCAGCAGAACGUGCUGCUCAAAUCCGCCGCGAGCGGGAGCAGAAACGUCGCGAGCAAGAGGAGCAGAAACGUCGCGAGCAAGAGGAGCAGGAGCGACGCGAGCAGGAGGACCAGGAGCGACGCGAGCAGGAGGAGCAGGAGCGACGCGAGCAGGAGGAGCAGGAGCGACGCGAGCAGGAGGAGCAGAAGCGCCGUGAACAGGAGGAGCAGAAGCGCCGCAUGCAAAAAGAGGAGCAACGCCGCGAGCGUGAGGCUCAACGGCGCCGAGAGCAGCAGGAACUGCAGCGGCGCGAGGAGCAAGAAGAGGCCAAGCGACGUGAGCAAGCCCGUGCCCUUGCUCGGGCCAAGGCGACUGCGGCAAACGCAGCUCAAAAUAGUCAAAAUGCCAGUCUGCUUGACUACAGCACCGGUAGCGCCUCGGCACGGGACGGCUACACCCGCAUCAGCGAUGGUGAGCCGGCAGAACUUCCACGCCCCGCAAAGCAUGCUACACCAAAUACGAGCCUUAGUUCGGCGUCCGGAUCGGCUCGCCCACGCGCAACAGCAGCUGUGGAGGGCCGGCCAUCGGACAACUAUGAUAUUUCUGGCCUGCGCUCCGAUGAUUCCACCGAUGAUGAUGACAGCCCCAAGCGCCCCAUUCCUACUUGGGCCAAGAAGCCUGCGCUUACAGCGGCUCUGUACAAGCAGCAUUUGUCCAAGCGUAGCCCCAGCGCCAUCUUCCCAGCCAUUGAGGAUCCCGACCUCAGCAAGAUCUUCCCAAACACACAAAAACCCCGAUACCGAUCGCGCACCUCCUCGGCCCGCUGGGAGGCCUCACCGCGCCACCCUGGCUCGCUACGCAAGCUCUAUUAA